AUGCCGCCACAUCCAUUCUAUAGACGAUUACUUAAGGAAUACAAAGCAUUAAAUGCAACCACAUUGCCCGGUAUAACACUUAUAAGUAAUGAUGAAAAUUUAACUGAUUUCAUAUUUCAAAUUAAAAUCAGUAAUCAUAAUUUAUAUCCUGAAACUGAUUUAUAUUAUCUAAGUAUUCAAAUAACAGAAGAUUAUCCAGUAGAUUGCCCCCAAGUCAAAUUCAUAAUCUACGAACCACCAAUUGAUCUAACUCAAGAUGAUGAUACUUCCUCAAUUGAGAUUAUUGAAAAAUCAACCAUUCCGAUCCAUCCUCAUAUUUAUAGCAAUGGGCAUAUUUGUCUUAAUUUAUUAGGAGAGGAUUGGACCCCGGCAUGUUCGAUUGAACUGAUCUUGUUGAGCAUUCAGAGCAUGUUAAAUACUAAUGAUAAAUUGGAACGACCUCCUGAUAAUGAGUCAUAUAUUAGACAUGCACCUUUGAAUCCCAAAAGAACUAGAUUUGUAUAUCAUGAUGAUAAUGUGUAA